GCCAAGCCACUUUGCUUCCGCCACCAAGUUCUGGCCGACCGGCGACCGUGAGUAGUCCUGCCCGACUGUGUCUACCUGCUCAAGCUACUAAAACGCACUCAGGUCUAUUGCUUCUUGCAUGCUCGCCCAGCUCUGGUCGUAACUUAUUCAUCUGUAUACUCACAUCUUUUUCGCCGGGCUGCUGCAGGACACCUUGUGCUGUGUCCUGACAAAUCGGGAAAUGGCAGGCAUCCGACCUCCCUCUUCGCGAAACGUAUCAUAUACCCCGUCCCUCGCAAACCGCAGCAGAGGCGGAAUGCGUGCGGCCAGCUCUCGCAAUAUCUCUGAGGUACCAGAACAGAGCGUGAAGGCCGAAGCUGUGGACCAUGCCGAUGGCGCGACUCCCGGCGUCAAGCCCGAGGGGGACUCAUCUGUGAAGACCGACAUCGACGAUCUCUACAACUUCGAAAUGGACGAACCGUCGACCUCGCGGAGCUCGUCCUCAGACCUCAAGCAGGAGACCGCUGCCCUCAAGCUCGAGGACGACCGGCCGUCUGCUACACCGCCGUCUCCUCGAGGGGCAAGCCCAAGAGCGAACCCCAGCUCAUCGGCCACCUCCCCCGCGCAGAGAGGAGCUCUGCGUGCCUUCGUCCAGCUCGCGCAAAAUCACUACCAGUAUGGCACGCUUGGAGUACGAGCAUGGGUGGACGACUCGGAUGAUGCCUGUGGCUCGGAUUGUCUUCCUGACGACUGUCGAUGUCGUUCAUACUGCCAGAAUCAACGAUUUCAGCGCAGGCAGUACGCGCCUAUCGAGAUCGUGCAGACAGAGAUGAAGGGGUUUGGCCUCCGUGCUGGGGAGGAUCUGCCUAAGGAUACCUUCAUCUACGAAUACUUGGGUGACGUGGGUAUUCGACAUUUCUACUUUAUGAUGCUCCAGAAGGAUGAGUUCAUUGACGCCACUAAGCGAGGUGGUAUUGGCCCGAAAUGGACAGUAGACCGGCAUGUACGCAUGGGUAUCUUUGCCAACAGGUACAUCAAGAAGAACGAAGAGCUUACAUUCAACUACAACGUCGACCGAUACGGCCACGACGCACAACCAUGCUACUGUGGAGAGCCGAAUUGCGUCGGCUUCAUCGGUGGCAAGACCCAGACUGACAUUGCUGCUAUGGAUGAUCUCUACCUCGAUGCGCUCGGUAUUUCCGAAGAGGUUGCGGUCUUGGGCCUGAAGGGCAGCAAGAAGAGGAAGAGCAAGAAACUCGAUGAGGACUUCAUUCCUACGCUCAAGCCACUUAUCGAGAAAGACAUACCCAAAAGUCGCAAGGUCCUCAUCAAGUUACUGACACGUAUCAAGAUGACGGAGGACCAGCCCGCGCUCCGGCAGCUCAUGCGUCUCCGUGGCUUCAGCGUCAUGACCAACAUCCUCGAAGACUACAGCACCGAUGUGGAGGUGUCCGUCUCGGCAAUCGAGUGCAUGAUGACUUGGCCGCUCAUCCAGCGGAACAAAGUCGAGGACUCGAAGGUGAACGUCCCCGUCCAGACAUGUGCCCAGUCCGAAGACCAAGGACUUGCACAGCUUGCUCAAAAGGUUGGCAAGGCCAUCUCUCGGUUGACCCCAUGUGUCUGAUGUCUGCGGGCGAGUAGCUGCUUGCACAAUGGGACACUCUAGAGUACGCGUACCGGAUACCGAAGCGGUUGAAGGGGGAGGGCGACGACGACGAUGCGCCCGCGCCAUCAUCCAGCUUUUCAUCCAGACCCGUCGACCCCCGACCACAGAAGCGCGCGCGCCCCGACACCAUCUUCGUCUUCGAGAACGAGGCCUCGAAGCUCGACUUCAAGCUCCGCGCGCCCGCGCCGCCGCCGCCCAAGGACCCCGCGAUGGAGGCGGAGCCCCCAAGCCCGCCGCGCCCGUCAAC